AUAAACAAACUCCAUUAAAUAAAAAGCUAAAGGACAGAAGCUUUAACAAUGGCAGAAGAUUUGCUGAAUGUUCAGCAGCUUCACUUCACGCAGCAACAUCACUCACCCGAAUUGGUUUCCAGCUAAUAUUCCGCUUCUCUGAGCUUCAUCUUCCUUCCUUCCUUCUCUCUUCUUUUCAGGCUUUACAGUUCUUCCGCUGUUGUUGAUUUAUCGGUCACGAAUCUUGAAGUUCAUUCGUCUCUUUCCGCUCCCGAUUUCUACUUCUCCAUCUCAGCAGAUAUGGCAUAGCAAUGACUGUAUUCAACCUUUUUGCAUGGAUUUCAUAACGUUGACCAAUGAAAAUGAUGAUAGUUAGGAUGGGAGUACUCUAUCUUACAAUUCUAAUACUGGCUUGCUUUCAUUAUCUUGCGGUGUCUGAUUUUCAAGGCGAUGCACUCUUUGCACUGAGGAAUGCAUUGAAUGCAACUGCAAAUCAGCUCGCAGAUUGGAACCCAAAUCAAGUCAAUCCAUGUACUUGGUCGAAUGUUAUAUGUAGUGGAAACAAUGUGAUCUCUGUAUCCUUGUCUUCAAUGGGAUUUACUGGAAUCUUGUCUCCGAGAAUUGGAGUUCUAAAAUCACUUUCAACCCUGAUUUUGCAGGGAAAUUACAUAACUGGAGAGAUACCAAAGGAUUUUGGAAACCUGACAAAUUUGGUUAGUUUGGAUUUGGGAAAUAACAGCCUAACUGGCCAAAUACCGUCGUCCCUGGGUAAUCUUGAGAAACUACAGUUCCUAACUCUGAGUCAUAAUCGUCUAACGGGGACUAUUCCAGAGUCACUUUCAAACAUUGAUAGCUUGAUCAAUCUUCUGCUGGAUUCGAAUGAACUCAGUGGCUCAAUUCCGCAGCAGUUAUUUCAAGUUCCAAAAUUCAACUUUUCUGGAAACAAGUUAAAUUGUGGCGGGAAAUCCCUUCAUGCCUGUGCUUCAGAUGGUACAAACUCAGGUUCUUCCAAUAAACCCAAGGUUGGCCUUAUAGUUGGAAUAAUUGCUGGGUUCACCGUUGCUCUUCUUUUGGUCGGUGUAUUGUUUUUCUUGUCUAAGGGUAGAUAUAAAAGCUACAAGCGUGAAGUGUAUGUAGAUGUUCCAGGUGAAGAUGAUCGAAGAAUUGCAUUUGGGCAGCUGAAAAGAUUUGCAUGGAGGGAACUACAGCUAGCUACAGAAAACUUCAGUGAAAAAAAUGUUCUAGGACAAGGAGGCUUUGGAAAGGUGUAUAAAGGGGUGCUUGCCGAUGGCACCAAAGUUGCAGUGAAACGGUUGACUGAUUAUGAAAGUCCCGCGGGUGAUGCUGCUUUUCAGCGUGAAGUUGAGAUGAUUAGUGUAGCUGUUCAUAAAAAUCUGUUGCGUCUCAUUGGGUUUUGUACAACUCAGACAGAACGCCUAUUGGUAUAUCCCUUUAUGCAGAACUUGAGUGUUGCCUACCGUCUUCGAGAACUUAAGCCUGGGGAGCCUGUUUUAGAUUGGCCUACUCGAAAACGGGUGGCAUUGGGCACAGCUCGUGGUUUAGAGUAUCUUCAUGAACAUUGCAAUCCAAAGAUCAUUCAUCGAGAUGUUAAGGCAGCUAAUGUACUGCUUGAUGAAGAUUUUGAAGCUGUUGUGGGCGAUUUUGGCUUAGCAAAGUUGGUUGAUGUUAGGAAGACUAAUGUCACUACUCAAGUUCGAGGGACAAUGGGUCACAUAGCACCGGAGUACUUAUCCACCGGAAAAUCAUCCGAAAGGACUGAUGUUUUUGGUUAUGGUAUCAUGCUUUUAGAACUCGUUACGGGGCAACGUGCAAUUGACUUCUCGCGCUUAGAAGAAGAAGACGAUGUUUUACUGCUUGACCAUGUUAAGAAACUAGAAAGGGAGAAACGACUCGAUGCCAUUGUCGAUCGAAAUCUAAAGAACUACAACAUUCAAGAGGUGGAGAUGGUGAUUCAAGUUGCAUUGCUGUGCACACAGCCAUUAUCGGAUGACCGCCCCGCAAUGUCGCAAGUGGUUCGGAUGCUGGAAGGAGAGGGAUUGGCAGAGAGGUGGGAAGAAUGGCAGCAUUUGGAGGUGAGUCGCAGACAAGAGUAUGAGAGACUGCAGAGAAGAUUUGAAUGGGGUGAAGAUUCUAUACAUAGACAGGAUGCAAUCCAGUUGUCUGGUGGAAGAUGAGGUACCAAACUUAACUCCAUCUCUCUACCUAUGAGACCAUAUCACUGUUCUUUUGGUUCCAUCCUUCAAGCAUAUUAUUAUACAAACUUGCUCUGUAAAUUUCCACUGGUUUCUCUUUUUUUGCUUUCAUUUCUUGGCUGUGCAUCUUUCCAAUACAGCCAAGUCAACAAAAUUCAUCAUAAUAUUCAUGUGUGCCAUAACAUCUCUCUUGUUAUACUCAUCAUAUUUUUCCUUUA